UCUUUAAAGCUAGAAUAGGACAAGCCUUCCUGAUAUUCUACCUCAGAGGCUGCUGCAAAGGCAAAGAAAGAGAGCCGCAUCCUUAAGAUCAGCCAUCCUCAUCGGCAUCUAAAGUGGUCAAAACAAACUGUAACUCUACCUCAAUUUGCAAAUGGGAGGAUUAGCUGCCUUUCAGGCUCCUUUCAAUUAUUUCAUCUAAUCCAGCCAAUCAACAGUCAGAAAAUAUCCCAGCCUGGACUUUGGGCAUCCUACUGGACGUAAAAAAAAAAAAAAGAAACGCCUCCAAGUUUCUGAAGAAUAAAAGAAUGUGGAUGGAAGCCGGACAGCUUACGCAGAAUAUGGGUCAGGACAUGAAGGAAACAUUUCACACAGCUUUCUUCAAAGCGUAUUUAAAACAAACCGUGAAAAUAAUGGCCACUUUGAACUUUGCUUUUAUAAGAAGCAGUUUGAAGAUGAAAAAUUUGGAAUUCAGCAAAAAUCACUUCUUUCUUCCUGUGAUUUUCCCAAAACUGUUUAUGAUUUUAAAGAAAAACGAGUAUGAAAAUGGGUAAACGAAACAUCAAAUUUGAAAAUGGAUUAAAAGCAAUUAAAAUCAGAAAAUGGAUACGAAAGCAACAAGUUGAAGAAACAAUGGCUGGUAAUGUGUUGUAUGCUUGUGGUCUACUAGCAUGAAGAGGUAAAGACAGCAUUUCAAUCACUUAAAAUUUUCUUUGGGACCUGAAUUUGAAAAUUUUACCUUAAGCAAUUUAUAUUGCAUUUUGAAACAAAAAGGAGCUGUUAUAAGAUCAAGAUUUGAAGGUAUGGAAAAUGACACAUGUUGUAUAAUAGGCACUUGCGUUUUAAUAGUAAAUAUCUUCAGUAACAUUAUUUGGAAGAAAAUCGUUCAAAAUGCAAUGCUAAAAGCUUCGCUGAAGAGGGAUAUACAAGCAUUAGUAAAACCAGAGCACUAUGGAAUAAUAGUUAUUUACACUGCGUGUAAAAAGCUAAGAAUCUGCCAGUGAUCCUAAUAACAGAGAUGGAGAACCUGAAAUAUGAGAUGGGGAACAGAGAGAGGUUUGCUCUCAGAGAACAUCAGGACCUGAUCUCCUGUGUCCAAGAGGAGCACCGCGUGUCUCAACGGCGGCAGAAUACAGUGAGGAGAAAGGAGCCGAGAGGCUUCCUCUGAUUGGCUGGAGACCACCUCCCCAGAACCACCCUUUGCGAAUGUGUAUCCAUGGCAGCCGAGGGCUCAAAUUGAAUCCAACACACGGUUCACUCAAGUAAAAAAUACCCAAAUUCCAACUCUGAUGUUGAAGAGUGAGGAGCGUUGCAUCGUCGGUGAGGUGUCGUUGCAUCAUCUCCUUACAUGAUGAACUCAUACUUCGAACAGCCCGGCUUUUACAACGGACAAUCAGCCGCCGAGCAGUCGUAUCGUUUUCCGCAGGGACUCCUUGUACCACCGUACCCUCCGCAGCCCAGUACGGCUCGGUCUAAUCCCGCUCACGAAAAUUCAGCGGCUUCGUAUGCGGCGGUCGACGCCACUAAUAACGGCAACGCGUCGGUGGCAUCGACGGCGGCUGCGGCCACUGCUGCGGCGGCUGCGGCUUGCAAACUAUACUCGAACUCCGUCAGCGAAGGUAGUUCUACUAUCUUCAAGCCGGAAUGCCUGGCUAAAGAUCAGAAUGGCUUCAACCAGGCCGUUAAGGAGAUGGCCUCUUGGCCCUCGAGCUCUGUCACAGGCCUCAGACCGUCGAGUAUGAGCGGGGAAACAAUGCGACCCUUUCCCCCCGAUAACUCUGCAACCCCUCGAGUAACAGAUGCAUGGUCGACCUGCUGUCAAAGCACGCCUCCUAUGGCUCAAGCACCUGCCAAUGCUUUCUACCCGUGGAUGGCCAUAGCAGGUUGGUGCGCCAAUGGAUUGCGCAGACGGGGUCGGCAGACCUACACACGCUACCAGACUCUGGAGUUGGAGAAAGAGUUUCAUACCAACCACUACCUAACCCGACGGCGUCGCAUCGAGAUGGCACAUGCCCUCUGCCUCACCGAACGCCAGAUCAAAAUCUGGUUCCAAAACCGGCGCAUGAAGCUCAAGAAAGAGAUUCAGGCCAUCAAGGAACUGAACGAACAAGAGCGACAAGCGCAAGCUGCCAAACUGGCAGUUCACCAGAAGUCUUCAGCUUCAAGUGGAGGUAACAAUGCCAACAACAAUGAUUCCACUGCAUCGGCAACAAAAACGUUCUUCAAGUAUUAUUGCAAGAACUGAAUGUGUCAUAGAAAUUUUAUGCAUACAGUGCAAAACACAAAAAGGAUGAAUAUCUGCAGGUCUCUUAACAAUUAUAGAAGAGUGCUCAUCCGUAGGUAGCUAAAAGAAUUCACUGGAUUCAUGCAGUCGAUGAAAGUCUGAAUAGAAAUACUGCACAUGAAUCCAGGGGGAAAAAAAAAAGUAUUUGUGACCUCCCCAAAGUGAAUUUGUUCCACAUCAGAAUAUUAUUUCUUCAGAUGUUAUGAAGUAAUGUGAAGAUAAAGGGAUAGAAAAUGCACUGAUACUUCGUUAAUUCUAGAUGGCGUCAUCUUUAUGAAGAAUAAACAUAUUACAUACAUAUCUUGUAUCAGGUACAUUUUGGCUUGUAUUUUGUGCCAUGAACACACUAUUUACAACUUUUAUGUGACUAUCAAUUUUCAAUAAAUAUCUGGACAAUGA